AUGAUGCAUCCUCUCAUCGAGGGUAUUCGCGACAUUCUCGAAGACGACGCCCAAGCCAAAGCGAGAGGCGAGCAGGUUUCCUUGGAAGAGGAAAGGGCACGCCACGAAGCAAUGCUUGAACGUCAAGCACAAGAACAAGAAGAAGAGGCCAGGCGCAAAAACUUGGAAAAGAGUCGCGAGGAGGACCGGGCCAUGGCUGGCGCCGUUCAAGAGGAGCUUCGCCGGAAGGAAGAGGUUGCACGGACUUAUAGCAAGUCCCGCCGCUCAAGCGAGAUUUUGCGCGAGGCCGAUGGGCCAAAGACAGAAAAGGAUGAUAGCAUAGUCAUCUUUGACAGGACCUGCCGAGUAGGAGACAUCGCGGGCAAGGAGUUCCACUUUACCACCGUCGAGUGUGGCUCGGUCUUUGGAUCCGGGCCCAUUUCAGCCGUACACCAUUGUCUUCCUAGCGUUGCAAAGGCCUCUUCUUGCCCACCCCUGGCCCUCAAGAAGACGGUGCUACGCUUUUCAGCCAACGAACCUGUUCGAAACUACAUGAUAACCCUAGAGGACAAACUCACCAUGCUUCAGAGCAUUCACCACCGCCAUCUGGUCGAUGUUGUCGGCUUCAUGAUUCACGAGGAACUGGCUGUGGAUAAGAAUUUCCUCCACAGGUUCUGGACUGUCCAGGUUCUUAAUCAAAAGGCGCAGAUGACUUCGCUGGAGAGUUUCCUCGAGAUUUGCGACCAUUUGCACAUUUCCAAGGUGCGCUCUUUUGCGCGAGACCUGCUCGAUGCCAUGGCUUUCCUGCAUAAUCAUGGUAUAAUACACCACGAUGUGCACCCGCGAAACGUACUCAUCUUCAAGGAGAGUACAUUGCAGGCUACUCAAACCGUUGCUAAACUUUCAGAUGCCGUAUAUCAACAUCUCUUGUACCAGGUUGCACAGAAGGGCGAUUCACCCAUCAAACCCUCGUCGUCCCGAUCCCCCUUUUGGAUGGCUCCCGAAACCGCAGACGAGGGUGACGACCAGUACACGCACAAAACGGAUCUCUGGGACCUCGGCGUCAUCGUGAUGCAAAUGAUGUUUGGUCUCGACAUUGUGCAGCAAUACAACUCCCCUCCGCCUUUAUGA